AUGAGUGAGAAUAUUUACAAUCGUGCCAAAAAUGGCACAUUGCAAGAGGAUGAUCUAAAAGGCCCGAAGUUUGAUAUCAACUACUUUGAUAACGAAGACCAGACAACCCCCCUCGGAAUCGCAGUACGCAACAAGCAUUUCAAAGCUGUCCAGAUCCUUUUAAACCACAAAGCCGACCCCAAAGCUGACCCCGACUGUCUUGGAAAAGGAUUAUCGCCCCUCUUGUUCCUCUGCGGCUCGCGAAGAACAAAGGAAAACGUCGAAGAGCGUCUCAUUCAACUGCUUCUCGACCAUGGGGCGAAGGCAAAUCCUUCGCCUGACGUACCGUUCGCGCAAGGCUGGACACCAUUGAUGAAGGCUGUUCACACUCGCAAGUCCACAGAUAUUAUCAAGUACUUGGUCGAUCAUGGUGCCGAUCCCGACGUGAAGGGCCUCAAGAGCGACAAGGACAACAAGGGUAAAUCGGCGAAUGACCUGGCUAAAAGCGCUGAGAUGAAGAAUGCCUUGCGUAAAAGAUCACAGCGACUGACUGAUCGGAUUUUGGAAGUUGGCAAGGUGACUGGGUUCCUGUUGACGGCGGUUUACUGGGUAAAUAAGAAUCUCAUGGUGGCUGCCGCAGUGGCAGUCACCGCUGGGGCCGUCAUGGUGGCGAAAGAUGCCAUUUGGAACCGGUUCAGAAUGACUGGCAGUAUUGAUAAACGAUUGAAAAAGCAUAUCCCAGAGGACAAGGGAUUCGACGACGCGAAAGAUGAGGAAAAGCAAGAUCUCACAAAUAGGAUGAAUGAAGUCAUCAAGGAGUAUGAUCUAGACCGUUUCUUCCCAAAGGGUGACCCUUUUCUGGGAAAACUAGUGGAAAGGGCUGUGAAUUUGGACCAGACCAAUCCAUCCAACUCGCUAGACCCGAAGGAUUUGACUCAUUUGGCUCUUUAUCAGCCAGUCUUGUAUUGUGAUGACAGUGGCUCGAUGAAAACCGGGGAACGAAGAGAUCAUCAGAACGAACUUGUCAAGCGUAUUGCCAGCAUUACCACCCGGGUUGUCCCAGACGAGAAUGGGAUCGAGUUACGAUUUAUCAACGCGAAAACCACUCAUGAUAUGUCAAGACCAUCCUUAGAGGUAAUUGACAGCAUCAUGAAACGGGUUCAGUCUAAUGGGUGGACCGAAAUUGGCACGCACCUACGAACCAAAGUCUUGGAGGAAAAUGUCUACCAGCCGCUUAAAAACAACAGGCUAUCGCGCCCCGUAUUGAUCUCCAUAAUUACAGAUGGCGACCCGUCUGGACCAGGUCAUUCACCUGAGCGUGACGACACUCUCAAGAUAGUCAUUCAGGAAUGUGGAGAAAAACUGAAAAGUUAUGGGUUUAGCGAAAAAGUUGUCCGCUUUCAAGUAAGCCAGAUAGGGGACGACAAAAAGGCGAAGAAGUUCUUGAAAAUUCUGGACGAAGACCUUGAGCUUAAAGAUGUUCUAUACGUGACGAGUGAUCGACUGGAUACUCAAUUCAAAAGCCUUCACACUAAUGGUGCAAGGCUUGAACAAUGGCUUAUAGAGCUUCUCAUGGGGCCAAUUAUAGAUGCGCAGGGUUCCGAGUCAUAG